AUGGCAACAAAUUUGAGCUGGCAGGAGACAGUGGCGAACGAGACGGAUGCCGCCAAGAAGGAGUGGAUGGCAUUGGAACGCCGAUAUCAAUUGAAACUGAUUCACGAAGAUGCUACGACGCUAGAUAAGCGCAUUCUUCUUUUCUUGAGUCUAUCAGAUCCAGAGCUACCGACGCGAUUCAAAGGCCAAGUCGAAUUGCAGAUGAUACUCCCUAGGAAAUAUCCCAUUGCAGCUGCUCAAGUGGAUUUUUGUCAGUGGAAUAGUCGACUAUCUGAAUUGCAGGCUAAAGCGAUUAAUGCAGCGGUGACCACUCGAGCUCAGCAGCUGUGUGGCAGUUUCUCACUUAGGAAGCUGUUGACUUGGAUCGACAAUAAUUUUUGGCGGAUCAUUGCACCAUUUGAGAACAACUCCGACCAUGAUCAAGACGUGAUUAUUGAUGGUUGCAGCCAGAAUCGUGAGCUGGAGAUGUCUGUGGUCGAAGCGGAGGUAUUAGCGCCGAUUGGGAAGAAAUCGAAGAGAAAUCGUGGCCAACGGCUUUGUCAUUUCUUCGCGAGAGGUAACUGCAGAGAUGGUGAACAAUGCAAAUUUUCGCACCAAAAAAAAUCGGACACAUUAAAGGUGGGUGCAGCAUGCGAAGACCCUGAUGCGGUCACUAUGUCGGCUUUACGAGAUGCUAAUCCAGUACUGCCCGUUGAGUCGUCAACACCGGUGACCGUACUACCUGAGCGGAAGAAGAAAGCUCGAGUGCGUAUAUGCAAGUUUUAUGCGCAGAAUAAGUGCCGCAACGGAGACAGUUGCAAGUUUUCUCAUGAGAUGAAGAGAGCUGGAACAAAAGGUAACGGUCAAAAUCAAACAUUGGAAAGCUCGCCUGGCGCUAUUAUCGUGCAAUUAGAUACUCUGACUGGAAGUGCCGCUGGAUGUAAGGAUAGCACAUCAGUCACGAAAGUGGAAAACGAUUUAGCAGGCUGCAAUACUAAAAAUAUCGAGAGUCACAGAGAAAUUAGCAGUGCGUGGUCAGAAGCACAGCAGCGAGCGCUUGAUCUGGCUUUGAAAAAGUAUCCAACAUCGAUGGACAAGGAAGAACGAUGGACCAGCAUAGCAAACGAGGUCGAUGGUCGGUCCCUGAACGAAUGCAUCGACCGCUAUAAGUCACUAUGUGAGAUGAUACGUCGCGGUGUAGAUCCCAUUGCCACUGCUCAAAAAGUGAUAGAGCAAGAAGAAACAGCACAAUUAUCUGAAAACGAGGAGCUUGUUUACAACUCAAAGAUCAUCCCAGCUGAGAAGCGCGUUACAAUCUUGACUGAACCUGAAGUGAAGGGAACUUCAAUUCGUCUUGAAGAUCUGUUUCUGCACGAAGUUGGCACCCUUGUCGCGCACCGGCUCAUUUGCCAGAUUCAGUGUGAUAAUUGCCCAUUAAAGUUUGACGUAAUCCUGAGUUUGGACUCUGCGGAAAUUCAGAAAUGGUGUCCACGGUGCAGUGUCCUUCAUCACGUGGUCAUGAGGCCAGUGUUUGCCCAUUCGAUGAGUAACGUACUUGCAUAUGUGGAUACAAAGAAUUGCUGUAUUGUUGACGUUCUUCCCACCGAUGUGUUAGCAACUUGCUUGGAAUGCGGAUGUGAGGCAUUGCUAGAGAGGAUAAUGCCACAGCAGCGAUCCGAGCAAGCAUGCUUCUCUUGUCACGUUAAACUUGCAGUGAUGGCAAAGCGCUUCAUUGCAGGACAGUCAGACGGAUCCACGUCGAAGCGGAAUGUCUUGAAUGAUAUUGUAACAAAGGUUGCUAACGUCAGCAAAAAAGGAGCUAAGCCAGCCGCAGAAGUGUUUGUUUUGGGGCAGCCGUUGCCUCGUAAUGGGACGUGUGAGCAUUACAAGCACUCACAGCGCUGGUUUCGGUUUCAGUGCUGCGGCAAAGCCUUUCCUUGCGACGUCUGCCACGACUCAAGUGAUUGUCCAGAAGCCAACCUGGGUAAAUUUGCUAGUCGAAUGAUUUGCGGUUUGUGUUCGAAAGAACAAUCGAGUGCGGUCAAGGUGUGCUCCUGUGGCAAUGACGUUGCUACAAAAAAGUCGGUCUCUCGCCAUUGGGAAGGCGGUGCUGGAUGCCGAAAUUCGUUACAUAUGUCGCGCUUGGACAAGCAAAAACAUCGUGGCCAGAACAAGACGGAAAGUAAAAAGUUCAAACGGGUAGGCGCAGAAGCGAAAAAGCUUCGAGAAAAUGAAACCGGGAAUGCUAAUGCACAGCAGUAG